CAUCAUCUGUGAAAGUUUAAUUUGUCUUUUUAUAACAAUUUUGAUUCUUGAUGACGGACGAGAUGGCCUAAUGGGUAAAGAACCAACCUCUCAAGUAUGAGCGGGCGGGUACGUAUCCAGAUCAGGCAAGUACUAACGCAACUUUUUAAGGUUUGUAUGACACAGAGGACCUAUCCCGGUUGUAAUUCAACAUCCUCAGCAAUCGUAAUGGGUAGUCAGAAUCCAGUAAGUCUGACAGCAGUCUUACCUAUUGGUACUGGGUUGUCCGGGUAACUGUGUUGAGGUGGUCAGAUAGCCAGUCGCUCCUUGUAAAACACUGGUACUUAGCUGCAUCCAGUGAGACUGGAAGCCGAACCCAACAUAUGUGUUUGGGAAAAGGCUCGUGAGAUAAUUAUUGAUGACAUACGAACAGCUUAGUCUUAGUAAUAGUAAUAGGCCUGCAUUAUUCCUUCAACUGAACCCUAAAAAAGGUCCUAAACCUUUUUUAUUCUUGACUGAAAUGACCAAGUAAUCAUACUAGAUAUAUAAAUAUUGUACUGGCUACUCAAUUUCCAUAAUUAUCAUCUUCGUGUUCAGACAUGGUGUUGGGAGUCCUGAUCGUAGCUUGCUGUGUGGUGUUUGCUGUGUGGAGACUGGUGAAGCCGAGGUCUUCAUCUUCUACCGUGUACCCUGGCAAAUUGGGGGCUGACCCAUCUCUAUCAUGCAUUGCGUUGGCGAUAUGGACUUGGUUGAAACCACGCAGUGUGAAGUCACCGCCGAUGUACCCUGGAUGUCUGCCACUCAUAGGACACGGGUAUCAGUUAGUGGGAGAUGAGAAACAUAUGUUCAAAUGUGAAAAACAAAUUAACGACUUCUGUUUGCAGAACAACGAUCUUAUAGAAAUACGACUCGGAACUCAUUCUGUGUUUAUAUUAACAGAUCCUGAUGAUUGUCUAACAGUAGCAAAUAACUGUUUAGAGAAACCUUACGUCUAUGAAUAUGGUAAUAACGUUUAUGGAAGGGGCCUUGUUACAACAAAAGUCAAUAUUUGGAAAACUCAUCGCAAGCUACUGAACCCAGCGUUCAAUCUGAAUGUGCUGCAGUCAUUUGUCGGCGAAUACUGCAGACAGGCGAAGCUACUCGUGUCUUCACUAGCCUCGGAAGCAGGAAAGGGCCCUUUUGAUAUUCAGCCAUACUUGAUCACCAAUGUAUUGAAAACUGCGUACCGAACGACAUUUGGUACAAAAGUUGAUGAGAAUAGUGAAAUCCUCAAAACCUAUUCAGAUGCAACUGAAAAACUAUUAAUGCUAAUGAUAAAAAGGAUGCAUAAUAUCUGGUUACAUUUAUCCUUCAUCUACAAAAUGACGACGUCUGGUAAAGAAAGUGAUAAACGGGCUAAUAUCAUGAAAGGCAUAACUGAAUCGGUAAUGAAUAAUCGAAAAACAGAAUUGAAAGCUGCUAAUCAGAUGGAUAAAUUGGGAGAAUCCGCUACAGACGACUUUGUGUCUUUAUUGGACCGAAUGCUGGACUUGACUGAUAAACAAAAUGCCUUCACUGAUGAUGACAUCAGGGAACAUUUGGAUACCAUAGUAGGAGCUGCUUACGAUACCACCGCAACUGCUUUGACGUUCAUUUUGAUAGUCAUUGGAUCGCAUCCUGAUGUACAGGAAAAAAUGUAUCAAGAGUUACAAAAGGUGCUGGAAGAUGAAGAAAGGGAUAUAAACAAACACGAUCUGCCAAAGCUCGUGUAUAUGGAAGCAGUGAUAAAAGAGACUUUGAGGUUAUAUCCCCCAGCUCCGAGAUUCGCUCGGACUUCUAAUAUUGAUGUUAAGCUGAAGAACUAUACCCUUCCAGCUAAUUGCAGGUACGCAAUAUCAGUGUACGGUCUUCAUCGUCAUGCGAUGUGGGGGCCGGACAAGGAUCAGUUCAUACCGGACCGGUGGUUGGACCCGGCGCGAUUGCCCAAAAAUCCCAACUUUUUCGCUGCGUUUAGUCUAGACAGACGCAACUGUAUAGGUAAAUUAUACGGCAUGAUGGCGAUUAAAACGACUCUGUCGUAUAUACUACGACAUUAUCGUAUCCACAGUGAUAUUAAGAAUUUGGAGACACGAUGUGAUCUUCUCUUAAAACCGGUGGCUGGACAUUUCAUAACUUUGGAGUCGAGGGUGUAAUAAAGUAGCUAAACUACAUUUUUAAUUGCGAGACAAAUUAAAACACUAUACGAGAAUGGAUUUCUACAUGCAAUUCGAAGAUAUGGAGGUUGCAAUGAUAAUUUGAAUAGGGAUCUUAUUUUAAGGCCUCGUCAUAGUGUAUUGGCUACUAAAAAUAAAUUAAAUUGUGGUUAUUUAGAAUGUACCUUGUUUAGGGAUAAAUCCUAUCAGGACAGUAUUUUACAAUAAGUUGGCGUCGGCAUCCAGUCAAACCAUGUGCAGCUAAAUACCAGUGGUUGUGCAUGGAACGAUUGCCUAUCUGACCCCCUACCUAUCCAUCUGGGAAAAGCAGAUUAUACAUCAGCACUUUUUAGAAUUAAGCAAAAUAUUGUAAAAAUUGUGUACAAAGUGAAGUAAACAAUUUAUUUAUUUAUUUUAUUUAUGUGAUCUGCAUUUGAAAACUUCAACUUGGACGAGACCCAUGCUGCCGUUUAAGACGCUAAAAGCUUAAUGGGUCGUCUGGAAGUAUUGGACGAGGGUUCCCGAACAUCGAGCAAAUUGGCGAAUCUUGGGGUAGGCCUUUGCAGCAAUGGACGUCUUUCGGCUGACACGACGAGCCAAAUGGAGGUCAUUCAAAGUCCAGUAAUGAAACACGAUAGCAAGAAGAAAAGUGCCUGCAAACACUAUGAUAAUAUUCGAUUAGCUGUAUUAUGCACCCUGCUACUGCAACAGGUUAAACCUGUAUAUUUUGGCUAAAAAUAAUGAAACCUUUAAAACUAUCUAGGUAAUAAUUCGGAAAAGAUUUAAUUUAUUUAUGCAAAUCUAUUUGUUGUUCAAUUAAUUAAAUGUUUUUCAAUUAUAUGCUAUGAAUAGCCGGUAGGUAUAAAAAUUGAUAUUGUAUUCUGACAAAUUAUAUACGAAGAUGUUCUUGUCUAUUGCUAGAAUA